AAAGGAGGAGGAGGAACAAAGUAAAGAGAUACGGAAAGGGAAGGAAAGUGGGAAGACGGGAUGAAGUAGGGAUACAACGGUGUACAGUGUGCUCUCUCGCGUUUAAUUUUUCAACGAGCCAGUGAACGGCGCCACGAUUGGUCAGGCCAGGUCGCGAGGAACGUACGGAUUUUUCGUCGCGUCCGCAGAUUCUCAUGCAAAGAAGAAACGUGUAGAGACAAUAAGAAGAUGCGCAUAAUCGUUGCAGGACGUGGAUUUGUUUUCGUCGCAGAUUAAUCCUGGGGCCGGUGUGUGCGAACAGAGUUGUAAUUGGAAAAGUGGGCCAGCGUGGAACGGUCGGCGCGGCUUAAUCAGAAUGAAAUCUAAGAAGUCCCGGGCAACAAUGGCUUUGUGAUGCCCGAAGGAGGACCGUCGGCGAAAUGAAAGCCCCUGAGAAACAAUGGAAGCGUCCACGCAGGCAUGACGGCCCCAUUCAGAUUCGCAGACGGCAUGCUUAGUGGCGGCCAAAGGAGACGCUCAAGUUUCUAAUCGACGGAGGGACCCACUAGAGAGGGACGACUAGCAGUAGCGGAAAGAGAAACGGAUAGUGGCAUGAUAGGGACAAGGCACCACCCUCUGCGAGGGCGCAUCCUGCUAGCCCUCUUCUUUCUACUCGGCACCCUUGCCUUGCUCUCGAAAGCGGCCGCGUUCCCAGACUGGACCGAUUGUCCAGCCGUGUGCCGUUGCAAGUGGACGUCCGGGAAGAAAUCCGCCUUAUGCCCUGACGCCGGCCUAACCUCGCUCCCGGCCUCGCUGGACCCGGAUAUGCAGGUCCUUGACCUGUCCGGGAACAAGAUCCCCGCGUUACAGUCGGAAAUCUUCAAGCGUUCCGGCCUGCUGAAUCUGCAGAGGGUCUUCCUGAGGAACGCCGGCAUCUACAAGAUCCACGCCGACUCGUUCAGGGACAUGAGGAUAUUGGUAGAGAUCGAUUUGUCCGACAAUCACGUGGAGAUGCUCGAGCCGGACACGUUUCUGGGCAACGAAAGGCUGAGGAUCUUAAUCUUGAGCGGGAAUCCAUUGACGCGGUUGAGAAGCCAUCAGUUCCCUCUGCUCCAACACUUGAGAAAUUUGGAAUUGCAGAGGUGUUCCCUAUCCGAGAUCCACGGGGAGGCGUUCGUCUAUCUGACCGGUCUGGAGUCGUUGAGGUUAGACAAGAACGUUCUCGAGUACCUGGACGUGUCGGUGAUAUCGAGUCUGCCGCGUCUGAAAACUCUCACGUUGGACGGGAACCGGUGGAGUUGCGACUGCAGGCUCAGAGACUUUCGCACCUGGCUGAUCCCCAAUGGGCCCAGCAAAUUGUAUUCCGUGCCUCAAGCGUGUUCGUCGCCGAUGAGAUUGGAAGGUCGCAAGUGGGAGGACGUGAAACCUGUCGAGUUCGCCUGCGAGCCGGAGGUGUUCGUUCUGGCGAGCAGCAUCCAAGAGGAGACGAACGGAAACUUGAGCCUGGCCUGUUUGGCCACCGGUGACCCGGAGCCCGAGGUUUGGUGGCAAUUGAACGGAGGCCCGGUCAACGCGACCAAAUUGACCGAGCAAAUUUACUCGGGAACCUACGUAGGUUACGCGACGUCGGACGUGGACGCAGUGGCGUCGUACAACGAACGGCCAUCCCCGUCAUCGGGUAGGCUCGUCGACAGGUGGAACAACCUGACCGUCUACAACGCGAGUGACGGCGAUGCCGGGGAGUACUCUUGUUUCGCGAAAAACAUCGCAGGCCUGGCCAGGGAUACGGUCAGUGUGGCGAUCCCGCGCGUGUACACGGCGCCCACCCUCUCCCAGAGCGACAACUGGUUGCUCUGGGUGAGCCUGGCAGGCGGUGGCGCGGCCGCGUUGUGCGCUUCCAUUUCCGCGGUUCUUCUAGCCCUGUGCGUGUGCGGCGGGACCAGGCGGCAGAGUGCUCGUGAAAAGGUGAAGCUCCAGAGCAGCACCAGUUUCGGUGACCAGGAGAAGAAGCUCCUCGACCUGUCCGUCACCACCACCACCACUCCCGGGAACAGCAACGAUCGGGGAAGCGGGCACGGGAGCAUAGUGGAAGGGUGCAGCACGGCCGACCUCGAGCUGGCCGAAAGGGGAUCCAUUUGCGAUCCUAUGAGCGCCGCCACCGUCACCGUAGAGAGGCUUCAUCCAGAGAUGAGCGGUGGCCCCGUGAACGCCAUGAGAACCGUGCCGUGCGUGUUCCCGCCACCUCCGCCAGAGUUCACCAGCGGCGUUCUGCCGCCCGGGAUAUUCGGGAACAUAUUCAUCUCCGUGGCGGUGCCGCAAGAUGCCUCUGACCGUUGCUAUCCCGAUCUUUUGGACAUUCCAGUUCACGCCACUGGCGGCGUGGUGAACAAAACGGCCCUUCCCCCGGCAACCAGCGUCUCCAGUUUCGCGACGCUGCCGCGACGAGCGCUGCGCUCCAGCGACCUCUGCUCGCCUUACGACAAUAUGGGGCCCCGUGUCACGGCCAACGGGAGCUCCGCGUUCUCGCUCACGGACGUGGACCUCAGAUUAUCACCGCCCCCGCCACCGCGAAUCAUUCAACCGCCUCACGAGUUCGUGUCUCUUUAAGGGAUUCUGGAAUGGAGAUAGUCGGUAUACUUGUCGAAAGCUCGUCCGUCGCUUCUUCCCCCCCCACCUCCUUGAAACAUACACAACAACCGUCGUACUCAGUCGCGUGUGUCCUCUUCUCUCCCCCCUCCCCUGGAUCUUGUUCGUUGUGUUCGUCGUUGAUAGUACUUCACACUGUAUUCGCAUUUUAUACAGUGAGCCGUGUGCCUACCAGGUGAAAAGAAACACUGGCGUUUCGAUAUACAGGAAUUGUAUAAUCCAGAAAGGUAAAAAAAAGGUGUUUGCAAUUUUUUACUGGUUGGCUUGUUCAUAGAGCUCGUAGUUUGAUUUUUAUCGCCUGUGAUAUUCAUCGUUGUUUUGUUCCUUUUUCUUCUUCUUCCAUUCAUUUUUUUUUUUUCGAAGUAAUUUCGAAGUUGAUCGAUUCGCAAGAACGUUUUCAUGAUAGAAUAAACAUGGAAGACCAAUAAUCCCGUUGCCAAAUGUAAGUUAAGGUAAAAAAUAGGAGGAACACUUUUGUAUAUCUUGUACUUAUAUACCGUGAAUGCUGUAAUAUACUAUAUGUAGUUAAGAAUUGGUAUCGUCACUUGGUAAGCGAAUGGCUCACGUUUUUAAAUCAUCCGAAAUCAAAUCCUCGAGCGUACAUUGAUUAAGGUUGUAUACAUACAGGGACCUAGAAAGUUUGUAUCUCAUUGAUAUAUUUAAAAAGACGUCCGGAGGUUGUCGAAAGUAGUAUACAGUUAUGUCUGUCCAACAACUUAUUCGAUUACGACGUCGAGUCUCGAAACUGCACGUUUCUUUUUUUCUUCCUUUCUUUCUUUCUUUUAAGAGAAGUUGUCGACACUGAGCGCCAAUGAUCGACGUCCGCCAUUUGGAAUUAUCGACGAAACGAAUCUUUUUCACCAAUGAAUCGAAACAAUUUUUGUAGAUAGCUCGAACAAAUUAAUUCGUUCGUUUGCUCAAGUAUCAGAAACGAAAAGUGUCAGAAAGUUAAAACAAUUUCUGAUAGAAUUCAUAAGACUUGUGACUUUUUAUAAGAAACGUAAUAUAUGUACAGUCGAUCCAAUAUUUUUUGAUGUUGAUCCUUUUAGAAGCUCGCUGUGCAAUAAUUUUAAGAAUGUUAUUCAGCAUAUAUACUCGUAUAUUAAUGGUUUUAGUUGAGCAGCAAUUAUGAGCAGCGUAGUUCCAAUAGAGUAUUGCGGUUAUUUACUUUUCAUUUAAUUCUUUAAUUAAUCUUCGUUAAUUGAUUUCCUAUUCUGAAAAUGUUUAAUUUAUACGUAAAUUAGUUUUCUUUGUGUAUAGCGUCUAACUAACAUCUUCCCUUAUUAUUCCAAUAUUUUAAAUAUUUUUUGCCUUUAUUUUAAGUAUAAGAAUAAGAUUUUCUCUAAGUUUUAAUUUUAACUUAAUUUUAAAACUAUUAGAGAUAUUUGCUAGUAAAAAAAUACUUCAUUGAUAAAAUUCUCUUAAUAUUCCCUAUUUUCCCAAUUUUACUUUUUAUCUUUCUGUUGCUUUUUCUUAAUUUCAAUUUCUAUUAUUUGCUCAUGAAACACAAUCCUCUUCCAGUUUCUAAAUGUACAAAACUUCGCACAAUAUACGCUAUUUAGUUAUCCUUUAGAUCUUUCAACACUCUUAAUUUACAAUUUCCAAAAUUUUAUCUCAAAAUCCAAACCCAAUUCCUCAUCGAAUUUUCUUACCUAAUUCCUAAAUGUAUUCAAACUUCUUUUUUAAAUAAUUCUUUUUUAAUUCCAAUCUUUAAAAUCUUUGCCUAACGAAAGUCAUCUUCUCAAUUUCCAAAUUUCAUAAAAUCAUCGUCAACGUUCCUCCAAAUCAUGAUGAUACAAACAACGUGGACACGUGCAGUUUCUAAGACGAGCCCCCUCGUGUCUGUAUGUUCGCUUGUCUAACUGGCUUGCAUGCUUGGUCGGCGUACAAUGGCUGCUCGUACAAUGACGAGUGCGUGUGUGAUCGUUUUAGGACAUAAGUCUCUCCUAGUUGCCAAUAUCCACGGAUUCUGGUGGUUUGUAAAUAAUGAUUAAUAAAAAUCACAAAUCAGAAAUGAUAAAUGGACGGAAAAAAAAAACGAAAAGAAAGGAACAAAAAUAGAAGAAGAUAAGGAAGAACGAGGGAUAUCCUCAUGGCGGAUGCAGAGGACGAAGUAAUGUUAUCUCCCCUAAUCAUUCUCGAGGUGUAUCACUAGUUUGUUACGUACUUUACGUGUGCAUGGUUUGUGGUACCGAUAUGGCGAGAUCGUAAGAAAUCGGUCAACCGUUAAAUCUCGCGUCUCUCGAGCAAUUUCGAAAUAUAUAAGGGAAAAUUGAAAGUUAGAAUCUCUUCAGGGCUGUGCGACAUUGAAUUUUACUUGUUUCUUUUUUUUUUUUUUUUUUUUAGAAUAUUGUUGUAUAUAUAUAUAUAUAAUUUUCAUUUAAAAAAUUUGACAUGAUACAUAAUUUGGAAGAUACAUUAUUUAUUUUUCAUUUAAGGAUAUCAUAUACAAUAAUUGGAUCGUAAGUAAUAGUUUAUGUUAGAAUAUGUUUAAUCGUUAAAAAGUACAAAAUAUAUAACACGAUAAGAUAUUACCUUUUUAAUUCAAACUAAUUUAAAUUUCAAACAAACAAUUUUAUUGACAAAUAUAUAUUUAUCCUGUUAAAAAUGAUUUUAAAAUUUAAUUUAAUUCGAACUCUUGAAUUAUCGAGUCACGAUUUUACUAUUAAGUAUUAAUUAAAUUAUUCAAAUGAAAUAUUGAACUUUUUGUAAGAUAUCCGUACAGCCCUGUACAUGGUCACAUCAUUAAAUAUCAUCAUCACGUGUAAUGUUUUUAUUUGCGAUUUCACCAUUUCGAUUCCGCCAACUGUACAUAUUUGUUAUCGCAGUACACGUAUUUAAUAGCGUGGCCGACGCGUGCCGCGUCGCCGCCCAUUAUGAACACUUUGUCAAUUAAAUAAAACGAUUGAAUUUUACACAUCA